CUCCAGGAGCAGCAGCAGCUCCACCACCAGCCAGCACCGUCGUACAGGAACCAACUCGUCAAUUUCGCUUGGUGUUGGGGGCACUGCUAUUGCGGGUGGCAGCGGCGAUUCGCUGGCGAUGAUGAUGGCCGGCGGCGGACACUCAAAGAACUCUUCAGAUGGUUCGAACCAGGACGGCGCUGGCUCCACGGUUCAUAUCGGAAUUGGCGGCGAAAGCGUGCGUGGAUUUGGACGCUCAGGCAGCAUCACUGGGCUUGCUCAGCGCGGCGCUCCGUCAGCGUCGCAUUCGCGCCAGGCAUCGAUGCACACACGCCAGCACUCGCUCGACUUUGACAUGGCCAUGCUUCACAGCGGCACUGGCGCCAAUUCUGGACAACGUGCCGACGCGGUCUCUCUGGGUGGGCAAUGUCGACCCCGGCCUCAACACACAAGACUUGAUUGCGAUCUUUGGCAAGUACGGGCGCGUCGAGAGCCUGCGCCUGCUGCCCGACAAGGAGUGUGCCUUUGUCAAUUUUUUGCGUGUCGAGGACGCGAUCCGCGCCAAGGAUGACAUGCACAACGGCACUCGCAUUGGCAACAACACGGUCCGUGUCGGCUUCGGCAAGGGCGAGUCUUAUGCGACAGGUGACGCCCAGGCGAUGCAGCCGACGCGUGCGCUGUGGAUCGGAAACAUUGCGCAGGCGACGACGCCCGACUCGCUGAGUACUACCUUCCAGGCGUACGGAACUCAUCGAAUCGGCGCGUGUCCUGAAGCCACAAGAACUGCGGAUUCGUCAACUUCAUCCGGCUCGAGGAUGCCGUGCGUGCCAAGCAGGCGAUGAACGGCAAGAGCAUCGACGGGUCGGUCGUGCGCAUUGGCUACGCCAAGGUGCCGGCGGCCAAGAACGAGUCUUCGCUCAAGCUGCGCAACCC